UGGGUUUAUAAUGAGAAACAUACUAGGUUAUAGAGUUACUGGGUCAACAAUGAGAAACAUACUAGGUUAUAGAGUUACUGGGUCAACAAUGAGAAACAUACUAGGUUAUAGAGUUACUGGGUCAACAAUGAGAAACAUACUAGGUUAUAGAGUUACUGGGUUUACAAUGAGAAACAUACUAGGUUAUAGAGUUACUGGGUUUACAAUGAGAAACAUACUAGGUUAUAGAGUUACUGGGUCAACAAUGAGAAACAUACUAGGUUAUAGAGGUACUGGGUCAACAAUGAGAAGCAUACUAGGUUAUAGAGGUACUGGGUCAACAAUGAGAAACAUACUAGGUUAUAGAGUUACUGGGUCAACAAUGAGAAACAUACUAGGUUAUAGAGUUACUGGGUCAACAAUGAGAAACAUACUAGGUUAUAGAGUUACUGGGUCAACAAUGAGAAACAUACUAGGUUAUAGAGGUACUGGGUCAACAAUGAGAAACAUACUAGGUUAUAGAGUUACUGGGUCAACAAUGAGAAACAUACUAGGUUAUAGAGGUACUGGGUCAACAAUGAGAAACAUACUAGGUUAUAGAGGUACUGGGUCAACAAUGAGAAACAUACUAGGUUAUAGAGUUACUGGGUUUACAAUGAGAAACAUACUAGGUUAUAGAGCUACUAGGUCAACAAUGAGAAACAUACUAGGUUAUAGAGUUACUGGGUCAACAAUGAGAAACAUACUAGGUUAUAGAGUUACUGGGUCAACAAUGAGAAACAUACUAGGUUAUAGAGUUACUGGGUUUACAAUGAGAAACAUACUAGGUUAUAGAGCUACUAGGUCAACAAUGAGAAACAUACUAGGUUAUAGAGUUACUGGGUCAACAAUGAGAAACAUACUAGGUUAUAGAGUUACUGGGUCAACAAUGAGAAACAUACUAGGUUAUAGAGUUACUGGGUCAACAAUGAGAAACAUACUAGGUUAUAGAGUUACUGGGUCUACAAUGAGAAACAUACUAGGUUAUAGAGUUACUGGGUCAACAAUGAGAAACAUACUAGGUUAUAGAGUUACUGGGUCUACAAUGAGAAACAUACUAGGUUAUAGAGUUACUGGGUCAACAAUGAGAAACAUACUAGGUUAUAGAGUUACUGGGUCAACAAUGAGAAACAUACUAGGUUAUAGAGUUACUGGGUCAACAAUGAGAAACAUACUAGGUUAUAGAGUUACUGGGUCAACAAUGAGAAACAUACUAGGUUAUAGAGUUACUGGGUCUACAAUGAGAAACAUACUAGGUUAUAGAGUUACUGGGUCAACAAUGAGAAACAUACUAGGUUAUAGAGUUACUGGGUCUACAAUGAGAAACAUACUAGGUUAUAGAGUUACUAGGUCAACAAUGAGAAACAUACUAGGUUAUAGGGUUACUGGGUCAACAAUGAGAAACAUACUAGGUUAUAGAGUUACUGGGUCUACAAUGAGAAACAUACUAGGUUAUAGAGUUACUGGGUCAACAAUGAGAAACAUACUAGGUUAUAGAGUUACUGGGUCAACAAUGAGAAACAUACUAGGUUAUAGAGUUACUGGGUUUACAAUGAGAAACAUACUAGGUUAUAGAGUUACUGGGUCUACAAUGAGAAACAUACUAGGUUAUAGAGUUACUGGGUUUACAAUGAGAAACAUACUAGGUUUCUGUUGUCGUGAAAAUGUUACGUUCUAAGUGUCUUUUUAUAUGGUCAAGUUAAUUGAAAUAUAUUGAAAUGCAUUAGCAGUCUUAGUUCAAGGUGUUUUAGUAACAGGUUCUGCCUGCCUAU